UGACUGACAGUGAAGGGGAGUAUAAAUCUGAGGUGCUGCAUGUCAACAGACGCUCACAGCAAGACACACACAGACAGACAGGAUGGAUGUGAAGCUGCUGUGGCUCACUGUAGUUCUUCUCUCUUCACCCCUGCUGACACUGUGUGACCCACUCUAUGCUCUGUCAGCUCCCAAUUUGCUGAGGGUGGGUUCAUCCGAGAAUGUGUUUGUGGAGGCUCAGGACUACACCGGAGGACCCCUGAACGUGAAGAUCUCAGUGAAGAACCACCCACGCAAAAACAUAGAGAUGGUGUCAAAACAAGUGACGCUGACUGCAGAAAACAAUUACCAGAUCCUUACAGAUAUAAAGAUUCCUGAUGAUAAAAACUAUUUCACUGACGAUCCUCUGGAAAAGCAGUACGUGUAUCUACAAGCUCAAUUUCCAGCCAACCUUCUAGAGAAAGUGGUCAUGGUCUCAUUCCAGUCUGGAUUUAUAUUUGUACAAACCGACAAGCCCAUCUACACACCUGCUAGCACAGUUCAAUACAGGAUUUUCUCUCUGACUCCCAAUCUGACACCUCUCAGUCAGUCUGGAAUCUCCUUGGAAAUCAUGAAUCCACAAGGCAUCACUCUUGCACCAGAGAAGAUAUUUCCAGCUAAUGGGAUGAAGUCCGGAAAAUACACCAUACCUGAGGUUGCCAGCCCUGGGAUCUGGAAGGUGAUCACACGGUACGCAAACACUCCACAGAAGACAUUUACUGCCGAAUUUGAGGUCAAAGAAUACGUGCUACCAACAUUUGAAGUCACAUUAACACCCAGUGAGUCAUUCUUCUAUGUGCGUGCUGAUAGUCUGACAGUCGACAUUACUGCAGACUACCUGUUUGGACAGAAGGUGGAAGGAUAUGGAUUUGUGGUGUUUGGUGUGAUGAAAGAUGAGAGUAAAACAAGUAUUGCUGCCUCUCUGCAAAGGGUUCGGAUAUUUCAAGGAAAGAGCACUGCACGGCUGACCAGGGAUAUGAUACUUAAGACCUUUCCAAACAUUGAACAGCUGGUUGGACACUCAAUCUAUGUUUCAGUCAGUGUUUUAACAGAAACUGGCAGUGAAAUGGUAGAAGCUCACAGGAGAGGUAUUCAGAUUGUGACAUCACCGUACACCAUCCACUUCAAAAGAACGCCACAAUUCUUUAAACCUGGAAUGCCCUUUGAUAUCUCGAUUUAUGUGACAAAUCCUGACGAGACACCUGCUAAAAAUGUGGAAGUGGAGGUCAACCCUGGAGCGGUCAGAGGUCGAACCAAAGCCAAUGGCAUUGCGAAGGUUACCAUCAAUUCUCAGGGAGGAUCUGCUACACUGGAGAUCACUGCAAAAACCAAAGAUCCAAUGUUAAUUGAAGAACAGCAAGCGGUGAAUAAGAUGACCGCUCAAGCCUACCUACCCAAAGAUGGCUCCAAAAACUACCUGCACAUUGGCAUUGAUGCUGCAGAGCUUGAGAUUGGUGGUCAAAUGAAAGUCAACCUGAACACGGGAAACAGUCCAGGAGCCAAAAAUCAAGAUUAUACAUACAUGAUCUUAAGUAAAGGGCAGAUUGUGCAAGCCGACAGGUUUAAGAGGAAAGAACAAGCUCUAGUGACUUUGUCUCUACCUGUGACCAAAAACAUGCUGCCUUCCUUCCGCUUUGUGGCUUAUUACCAUGUGGGCUCUGAGGUGGUGUCUGACUCAGUCUGGGUUGAUGUGAAGGACACGUGCAUGGGAACGCUCAAACUUGAGGUGAAGGACAAGGCAAAGUCCUAUAGCCCAGGAGAUGAGUUCAGCUUGCAAAUAACUGGAGACCCUGGAGCUAAAGUUGGACUGGUGGUGGUUGACAAGGCUGUGCACGUCCUUAACAAGAACAGACUCACUCAGACUAAGAUCUGGGAUAUCAUAGAGAAACAUGACACUGGCUGUACAGCAGGUAGUGGAAAGGACAGUAUGGGGGUUUUCUAUGACGCAGGUCUGAUGUUUGAGUCCAACAGUGCAGGAGGCACCAACACCAGAACAGCACUUGACUGUCCCAUCCCCCCAAAGAGAAGACGGAGAGCUGAGAGUCUUUUGCAGGUCACAACUACACUGGCUGGUAAAUACACGGGUGAUCUGAAGGUGUGCUGUUUUGAUGGAAUGAAGGAGAAUAAACUUGGCUACACCUGUGAAAAACGAGCCACAUACAUCAUAGAUGGACAAGAAUGUGCCAAAGCCUUCCUGCACUGCUGCAAUGAGAUGAAAAACCGUGCAGCUACAGCCGGAGAUGAGGAGCUGCUUCUGGCUCGCAGUGAAGAUGAUGAUGACUACUACAUACAGUCUGACGAGAUCGUAUCACGGACACAGUUCCCUGAGACUUGGCUUUGGGAGGAGAUAGAUCUACCCCCUUGCAAAGAUAAGAACUGUCUAACAACAUCAUAUACAAGAAACAAAAUCUACCUGAAAGAAUCGAUCACUACCUGGCAAAUCUUAGCCAUCAGCCUGUCACAAACAAACAGUAUCUGUGUGGCAGAUCCUGAGGAGAUGAUCACUUACAAGAACUUUUUCAUUGAUCUGAAGAUGCCUUAUUCAGCUGUGCGCAACGAACAAGUAGAAAUCAGAGCCAUUAUUCACAACUACAACAAAGCGAAGACGAAGGUGCGUGUGGAGUUUAUGGAGACAGAACAUGUUUGCAGCGCUGCCAGUAAGAAGAACAAAUACAGAACAGUGGUAGAAGUCCAGGGCCAAUCCACCAGAGCUGUUUCAUUUGUGAUUAUUCCCAUGACGGUGGGCAAUCAUGUGAUUGAAGUGAAAGCUGCAGCGUAUGACUCUGUCAGCACUGAUGGAGUGAAGAAGACUCUGAAGGUGGUGUCGGAGGGUGUGCUAGUUCCAUUAGAGGUGAAAAAUGUGGAGCUCAAUCCUGUUAAGAACGGAGAAAAUGGAGAGCAACAUAUAUCUGUAAGAACAGACAUACCAGUGGAUUGGGUCCCAGAUACACCUGCUAGCACGCACAUCACAGUGACUGGUGAAGAAAUCACACAGACAGUUGAGCAGGCCAUCAGUGGAGAUUUCAUGGGUCGGCUUAUCGUCCAGCCUCAUGGAUGUGGAGAGCAGACCAUGAUCUAUAUGACACUGCCCCUCAUUGCAACUCAUUACCUGGACAGCACCAAACAGUGGGAGGCUGUUGGGAUGAACCGCCGUGAUGAAGCCAUUAAACAUAUCAACACAGGUUAUCAAGGGGAGCUGGCCUACCGUAAACCCGAUGGCUCAUACGCUGCCUGGUUACACAGACCAAGCAGCACAUGGCUAACAGCGUAUGUGGCUAAAGUGUUUGCUAUGGCUAAUAACCUCAUUGCUAUAAAGGAGGAUGUGAUCUGCAGCGCUCUCAAGUGGCUGGUUCUCAACAAACAACUGCCAGAUGGCUCCUUUAAAGAAGAAUCACCUGUAGUUCAUGGAGAGAUGGUUGGUGAUGUACAGGGUAAAGAUGCUGAUGCCUCUCUCACUGCAUUUGUCCUGAUUGCCAUGCAAGAGGGCGUCGAGAUUUGUGCCGGUUCAGUUGGUAGUCUUCAUGACAGUAUGAGGAAGGCAGUUGACUAUUUGGAAGCCAGACUUCCAAAAAUGACCAAUCCUUAUGCUGUUGCGAUGGCGUCCUACGGCAUGGCCAAUGCGGACAGACUCAAUAAAGACCUGCUGAUGAAGCAUUCCACCAAAAUGCAAGAUGGAAUUGCUUGGAAUGCCAAUGCAAAACAUCACUCUCUAGAAGCUACAGCCUAUGCAGUGCUCGCACUCGUAAGGGCAAGAGAUUAUGACAGAGCUGGAGAGGCCGUGCACUGGCUGGCCAGACAACAGACUCACUAUGGCGGAGGUGGAACCACACAGGCAACCAUCAUGGUGUUCCAGGCAGUGGCUGAAUACCGCACACAGGUGAAGAACCAACAGAAUUUUGAUCUGGACGUCGAGCUGUCUGUUGCAGGAAGAAGCAAACCAGUCAAAUGGAGUUUCAGAAAGGAUACUAUGCAUGUCACACGAUCAGACAAGGUCGAGUUGAAAAAGAGCUUCAAUGUAACUGCUAGAGGAACUGGAACAGCCACUCUAUCCGUGUUUACCCUGUACUACGCCAAGCCUGUUGUGAAGGAGACUGACUGUAAACAUUUUAAUCUACGUGUUGCAAUGGAACCAGACCGCAAUGCAAAAUACCAAGGAGCCAUUGAAAGUUACAAGCUUAUUGUUGAAUUCUUCUACAUCAGCAAAACAAAUGAUGCCACCAUGACUAUUGUGGAUAUCGGCUUACUGACCGGGUAUAAAGUGGAUGAAGGAGAUCUUGCAGAGUUAGCCACAGGGAAGGAUCGAUACAUUCAGAAAUUUGAGAUGGACAAAGAGCUCUCGGAGCGAGGAUCCCUCAUCAUCUACUUAGAUAAGGUUUCUCAUAAAGAGUUUGAAAGGCUUUCCUUCAAAAUACACAAGAUGAAUAAUGUGGGUUUACUUCAACCUGCUGCAGUGACUGUGUAUGAAUAUUACUCUCCAGAUGCACGCUGUACAAAGUUCUACCACCCUGAAAAGAAAGAUGGCGCUCUAAACCGACUGUGCUUAAACAAGGACAUAUGCCAGUGCGCAGAAGAAAACUGCAGUUACCAGAAAAAAAACAAUGUCGACGAAGAUUUGCGUUUGGAUAAAGCCUGUGAAGCUGGCAUGGAUUAUGUUUAUAAAGUCAAAGUGGUGAAAUUUGAUCCGUCACAACACUCAGACAUCUAUAACAUGAAGGUGGAGAAAGUCCUGAAAGAAGGCACUGAUGAAGGUGUGGAAGGACAGGAAAGAGCCUUUUUGGGUCAUCCUAACUGCAGAGAAUUUUUGUUAUUACAACCAAGCAAGUCGUACCUCAUCAUGGGCAAAUCCACUGAUCUGCCAAAGCUAGGAGGAAGACUACAGUACAUCUUGGGUGAGCAGACCUGGAUUGAAUACUGGCCCACAAAACAGGAAAGUCAAACUCCAGAGUACAAGAAUUCAUACAUUGGCAUCAGUGCUCUCGAGAAUAAGCUACAAAAAGAAGGAUGCUCUACAUAAAUAUAUAACAAAUGAUUAUAUUACAGAAGAUCACAAAUAUUCUCUCUUGCAUACUAUUCUUCAGUUGACUCUAAAUAAAGCUUUUUUUAAUAAUAAUAAUAAUAUUGUUUUGGCAAAAAUAAUUUAUUAUAAUUUCAUAAUAAAAGUUAAUUGAACAAAA